UUUCGAAGAUAUGGGUUGGGUGCCCGCCUGCGGUGAAGUUAUAUUUUCGCCCACUUUAAUUUCCCGUUACCCGGUUAUUUCUAUGUUUCAAUUAAACAUAACAAUUAGCUUCCCCUUUGUUUUCUCAUGCUUCAUUGUCAGCUCGUGUAGUAGUGACUAACAAAAAAAUCUAGCCUCUCAGCCCUCUACUUCUCUCUGCUUGGUUGGGGUGGUCAUUGAUGUUCUUUGCUAGCGGUAAUACAGUAAACAUACAUUAUAAAAUUAAGCUUGAGGAGAAGCUAUUGGCAAUGCAAUGAGCAAUGGAGUGAAUGUUAACAGAAAGACAGUGAUGUGGAUUAGAGAUCGAAUGAGGUAGCCAAUGUUUUAGUUGAGAUCAAGAUGAAAGUGUUGUCCAGACCAUGCAAUAUGUGAAGGGGAUAAGUAGUGGCUUAUUAGUCAAAGAAUGGGUGCCGAGGGUAAGGGAAGCGCAGUUGAGGACAGCAGAGAACUAGGUCCUGCGAAAUUCACAGGCAUAAGAUGGGGUCAGCUAGCAGAAGACGGGGGUAAUUAGAUUGUGGGAAGAAGCCUUCAUCCUGCGGUGGGCAUAAAAUGGAAUGAUGGUGAAUGGGAGCAGAGCUCAUGGUGCAUCAUGGCUGGCACUGCAGUUUGUCUCCAAGGUCUGCACCAUGGGACCGGCGGACUUUCUCCAGAGGCGGCGGGGAGGAGGGCGCCGGCGGAGUGGGGCACCUGCCUGAGGAAGGAUGGAGGAUGGCGACCCCGGAAGUCGCCACCCCGCGGAAGGCGCAGACAGCCGGCACCACCGCGAGUGCUCGCCGCGGCCGCCAUGGGACCCCGGAAAGGGAUUUCCGGGAGACAUGGGAUGUUCCUCAGUCGCCCAUGGCUCCAGCUGCGGAUCACUUUCUACGCUAUCGGAGAACAGCAGCAGCCAGGCGGCGUCGGGAGCCACGCCCGCGACAGGGUCCGAGGGCCCGCUGCGGUGGGCGUGCGACCUGCGCAGCCUGCUGGUCGAUCUCGAGGGCCUGCGCCUGUUCGAGCAGUUCCUUGAGCAGGAAGGUGCCGACAGGCUCGGCCUGUACUUUUGGUUUGCCUGCAAUGGCCUCCGGUCCUGCCCCGAGCCAUCUGUCCAGCUGCAGUACAUGAAGAGCAUCUACCGGCACUACAUCCGCAACAACAUGGUGGAGGUGUCGCCCUCGCUCCGGGCCAAGAUCACCGAGCACGUGAAGGAGGGCAUCGUGGACGUGUCGCUCUUUGACCAGGCGCAGCGAGAGUUUGAGCAGUUCCUGCAGCGGUCGGCCUACCCCAAGUUCCUCCAGUCGGACCUCUACGUGGAGCGCGUCGAGAAGUGCCACGCUCUCGCGACGGCCACCGCCGAAGCGGUAGUGGCACCGUCGGAAGGCACGGCAUCUCGAGGAGAUGACGGACAGAACUCUGGUGGGAGCAGUGAAGAACUGAGCACAGCAGCGGCCGAUGCCUCUGGUGCGGCUGCUGCUGCUCCUGCUGAAUCGGUACCAGCGCCGGGCGAGGAUGACAGCUCACCACCGCCGGUGAUGCCCCCAAUGGGUCUCGAGAUCAUGCCGACCGUCAAGGAGGACGAAGAGCUGGCAAUGGGGGCGUCCCCUGCCCCGCUGACCCGGCGGAACGUGUGGAAGCUGUACCGGUAUGGCGAGCAGAUUCCGCGAAUGGUGGCCCGCAUGGCAUCGGAAGCCACAUCAGCAGUCAGACCCAAGGCAAGCGGAGGCACCUCUUCCCUGGGCGUGCCACACCCGUACCACGUGAACAACUCGUCCUUCGUGCCACCCUCGGCACAGGACAGUGAGCUGCACAGCCUGUCUUCGGGCGCCUACACGGAUGACACGGGCACCGAAGUAGACAGCGUGCCUCCGGCUGCGCCUUGCUCCGCCUCUGCGGCCAAGGAGAGCCUGAUUCAGCGUGCCACCCAUCGCAUGUCGGUCCGCAAGAAUGCCAACAUCAACCGGGACUCGCUGGGCGAGCAUGUCAUCAUCCCUCGGACACAGAUGGAGCACCCGUACAGCUUGGCAGAGAAGAACCCGGAGAAGUUUGCCACCUCCAUCAUCGAGAAGCUGCACGUGGUGAAGAAGCAGCUGGACUGCGGUGAAAGGCUGGAGCGCUUCCACCGGGCGCAGGCCGAGGACUUCCCCUCGGCGCCACCUCGGGGACCCCCCAUGGUCGGUGCCGGUGUUGGGGCGGCCUCUGCCUUGUCUGGCGGAGGUGCUCCAGUUCCUGGCUCCGGUGCGGCUCCAGGACCCGCAGCUGCCAACAACCCAGGCUUCUGUGAGCGUCUGCUAGGCAUCCCGCCGGAGGAGGUCAGCUCGCAGAGCAUCCUGGACGAGCACGUGUCGCGUGUCUUCGACUCGCCUCUCUCGCACACACCACCACGUGCGCCUUCUCCAAGACACCGCUUUGGACCGGCCAUGGCGUCACCGUAUGCAGUCCUGGGACACCAACACUGGCACAAGAAGGAACGGGACGCUUGCUCCAGCGACAGCGGUGCAGUCCGCGACUAUUCGCCCGACGACGAUGCAGUCCACGGCAGCCGGAGGAGGGCCCAGGGAGGCUGCACCGCAUCUGGUGGAAAUGCUGCCUCCAGGAGGAGCUUUCGGAGUGGGCCGCAGCCGUCGGACAGCGGUGUGGACAGCGGAGCCAGUGCUGUGUGCGAACAGCCGCCGGUUAAUCAGGGAGCGACUGAGCGGGUGAACAACUGGAUCCUGAACCACAAGGUUCCCGGCUACCCGCUGGGACCCCCGGAUCCAGAGAAGGACUCCUCGCGGAGCCACAAAAAGUCCACCACCUCGGGCACCUCGUCGCGGUCCAAGCAGAACUCCGUCAACACGGCGCGAAGCCGUUCGUGCGGUGUGGCUCCCGGCUGCGGCUCUCUUUCGGGCUCCGGCUGGGGAUCCCAGGAGUCCGGCCUGCCGCCGACCCAGCAGCCACCAGACACGAUGACCCAGCUCGUUGAGGCACGCCGGAGGCUAGAGGUGAACUACAGUGGAAGUCAGCAGGCAGCAAAAGCCAAAAAGUGGCCAAAGACAAUGGUGCGGGGGCCUCCACCGGGAGGGCAGCAGGGGUUUGUCGCUGGGGCCGGUCCCCAGGCAGCUCCGGGUGGCGGGUUGUGCCCCGCCCCUGUGCAAGUCCAGGCCCCACCCUCGCCCUCCACCGAGAUGACUGUGAUCGGCUACUGCUACUCCGGCGAGACGGUGCCCUACCGCACAAAGCUCGCCGGCCGAGACAUCACACUGCGCCAGUUCAAGUCUCUCAUCAGCAAGAAGGGAAACUACAGGUACUUCUUCCGGCGCUCUUGCCAGGAGUUUGGAACUGACGUGGUGUCCGAGGAGAUAUCGGACGAUAAUGAGGUCCUGCCACUCUGGGAGGGCAAGAUCUUCGCCAUGGUCGAGCCGAUUGACUGAACAGCUGCCACUGUUGUCGCAUCGUCUCGGUCCCUCGUGCCUCACCUGACACUUCAACCUCCGAGAUGUUUGUUAGUUUGUUCUUGAAGAUGAUGCACUACUACCGGCAACAUUGCGCAAGAAGAUCUCAAGAGCAUCGUCCAACCUUGUUUGUGCAAGUCACACUGCUGCUGCCAAAUUCAUGUGAAAUGCGUGACAAUCCAGCGGUUUCACCGUGCUCUUUGGUUUGUGCUGUUGUACCAGUGCUGUCACCACCCUCUUCCUUUUGACUUGUGAUGGUCAUCGUCGUUGAUGUGGUGCCAUUAUUGUGUGAGGUUCCACUACGCUAGCUGUGUGUUCACCCGUGACUUUCUAGAGGGCACAACCGGGGGGUCACUUACAUGUUGUGAAUGAAAAAAACUGUGUGCCUUCCCUUGCAUCAGUAAUCAGCCUGGUGUGUGCCGUUUCUUUUUCCCUGUUAGUGUUGUCAAAAAUCAACCAGCUUCAGUGCUGGGGAAGCCAGUGCAAAGACGGGAAAACGAACGCCGUCUCGCCUUCGUCUGGGCAGUUGUGCGACGUCCAGUGUUAGAGGCGGCAAUUUGGUGGAAGAAGGAAGAUGAAGCCUUCCAUUUUGGCGUGCGUUUUUUUUUUUUCUCCUUUUAUUGUGGUGCUGCACAAACUGGCCAAAAUAGCGGCCCCAACCACCCCCUCAACACAUCGAACGCUUAGCCAUCUCCCACCGACAGCUCUUCUCCGAGCGAAGCUGCUUUUUCUGACAUGAUGAUUGGAGCGUGCGUUUGACGAAUGAUGAUAUCCCUGUCUGCUUCACUGAAACGGUGCAACUUCAUUUUUCGCGCAGUACUCGGCGCGUGUUUUAUGUGUGUGUGUGCGCGUCGAGACUGUAUCGGAAUCCUUUCAACGAAUGGGCCUCCUAUACCACCAAGCUCACUUCAAGCUCCCACCAUCAGUUUCCACUGCUUCAGCAUUUGUGAAGCCCUUCGCAAUUUUUGUGCAUUCUGUCGUACACGUGCUCGCUGCAUUGUAAGGAACUGUAGAGUUUCCUCUAAAAGUAACUAGUAGAGGGAAUUGGCAUUACAGUCGGUCUUCUUCCAUGUGAAUGAUGGUUGUACAUGGAUUUGUCUGAUCCUUGUGCUUGCCGAGCCGUUUAAAGCCUGAAGGACAAAGUUUAGGCAAAUCCAUGUGUACUGACCAUCAUUGCCCGUGCUGGCUAAACUGCCGUGCUUGGAGCUUUCCCAUAGACUCUGGUGCCAGGAUUCGCCCUGUUGAUUUUUGUUGGAAACUCUACGGAAGGGACAGAAAACAGGAAUAUUGUCGAGAUUAGCCAAGUUUUGGUAGGUGGUAAGCGUGAAAUAGUUAUUGGACUUAUCGUAAGUGGAAGGGUGGUUAGCCAAAACGGCAGGCAAAACUGAGAGGCAGGUGGUCAACACCGCCUGGACAUCUCGCUGUUAACGUCGUUGGAUAUUGACGACUUCUGCUCUCGGGCUGGUUAAAUUGUUUGCCCGUGCCUGCUCGGGCAUGAAAUUUGGCAGAGAUGUUCCGACAGACAUUCUCUCUCGCGCUAAUAAUUGAGCCUGUUCUGCCAAGAGAGUGGAAACAGAUUCAAAAGUGUAACUGCCAUUUUUAACUGACUUUGUUGUUUCUCCUGAGCCUUCUUCUAAUGUAGCUGAGAGCAUCUAUAGCUGCAGCUGUUAGAGUAGCCAGAUUUGUUUUAGGCAGUCUAGCAGUAACUUUUAAAAUACUGUCGGAUAAGUAUUGGGGGUGUUAAACUGGCAGAACUUUGUGAAUAAUUGAAAGGCGGGUUAUUUUUCUGUGUGUAAAAUGUAAGAAAAUGCAUUGCUUUAUCUAUGCAAACAUGACAGUUCCCGCAAGGGAAUCCGAACGACGUAUUUCUAAAAAUAUGGAGGUAAUAAGUCGGCGUGCUGAUGAAGGAGGAAAUAUCCUCGGUUAGGUGACUGCAAGAUAUCGUGACAGAGUAACUUGCAGACUCUCAGGAUAAUACUUGUGCCUCUUUUGCAGCAGCGAUGCCUCUAGAAAGCAUAGUUAGUAUUGCAGAAAUAGUUAUGCCUUGUCAUUGUUGGGUUAACGCUGGACAUUCUGAGUGGCCUUGAAAAGUGCUUUCUUAUUAUCCAUACUUAUCCUACCAUACAAAUCAAAUAUUUGGAGAACUUAAAGUGCCAUUCUUUAUAAUAUUUCUGUUCAAAAUUUCUUAAAUUUGUGCUCCCUUAUGCCAAAAGUAAAUAAUUAGCCUAAUUUGCAAAUGCUAUGGCAACUUUGCUUUUAAUCUUUUAAUUCGACUAGCUUGAGUGUUGAGAACACUCCAUUUUAAGAUUUCAAAUAAAUUCUUCUAGAAGCGGGAACUGAUGGCUUGGGGACAAGUUCUCGCCAUCGAACUGACUGACUGUCCGACUGACUACGGACUGUGGUUUUCUUUUCUAUUUAUGCAUCAAACACAUGUUCCUCUCUCCGUGGCCAUGUCAGUGAACUUGGUUACAAUAAUUUGUCGCGUUGGUGACGUGACGACGCUAUGCCAAAUGAAACAUUGUGCUUCCAGAGGACUUUGCAAACUUUUUUUUUUCUUUAUCACUUGUCAUGGUUGUGCUUUUGCUGUUGCGUCAUCGCAUGAUUGGUUGUAUGUGUGGGUGUGUGAUUGCAUGCAUGUCUGCUGGAGUGCUUUUGGUUACUUGAGCCUGGUUGUGCGUUUUGUGUGUGUGUGUGACCUAACCAUCUGUUAGUUGUAGGCGGUUGAAUGUUGGUUUUCGUUUUUGCUCUGGGUGACGUUGCCAAAAAAGAGACUAAGAUGCAUUUUUUUAACUUGUUGAGUUACGCCGCUGUCCUGUUGCACUUUGAGGUUGCCAGAAAACAUAGAAAGGUUUGCAGGGUACUAACCGUGGGCUGCAUCCAGGACGUGCCAUUGUGUUUGCGUGCCUUGUUUGUUGUGGCUGGUGUCAUCGUUCAAGGGUUGUGGCCCAACGGGCAUGUGUUAUUGUUACCGUGUUGCUGCAUCAGUGAGCUGUGCAGUUCGGAAAUGCAGAACUGGUGGCAUCAUCCUUUGAUGUGUUCAACCAAUGGUCUAGGGCAGUGAAAUAUGGUUGCAUUGAGGUUAUCGUGGAGGCCUGUACCUAACCAUUGGAAGUAGAUAACAAAUUCCUAUUGUGGUGAGAGCUAGUUGAAAAAGUGCAAAAGGCGCUAGUAGCAUUGUGUACCUCCCUCCUAUGCCUCAGUGGGAUAGUAAUAGGCGAUGGUAAUUAAUGCGUAUUGUAAUAGAGCUGCCUAUUGUUAGUUGCUGCAACAUGUAGUGCAGCCACCAGAAAUGCUGACACAUAUGGGGCAUCUUAAAAAGCAUGUUGCGCAGGCGCUGGUAAUGAUAAUUCGGCACUUCCAAAGCGCCUAUGAGCUUGAAUCAUAAAAUUUGACUAUGAUGAGCUUCGUGAAGAGAUUUACUUGCGUUAUGUGGGUUGGUAAAAUGGGGAGGCUGCUGCAGCUUAGACGCAGUGAUGUCGCUCCUUUCGUUUCUCCGGAUUGACGAAUUCAUAUUUCAACAGUCGAUCUAGAGCAGGUUUCAGAUUAACUCGCUCCACGGUCAAGCUUUCGCUAGCUCUGUUGUUGUGGCAUGGAUCUGGUUGAAAUUGAGGGAGCGUUGCAUCUAUUGUUACCUGUUGAAGGGGCAAGUGUGUUUUCAGCACCAUAUGCAAACAUUGGCAGAUUGUAAAAGGAUGUAUAGUUCUGAAAGUAUGACUACAUGGCCCUCAAAAGCUUCGUCAACAUUAACUUAGGUGCUUUGUGUUGGUUACUGCAUCAUUUUUUUUUUUUUCAUUUAUUAAGGUUUAUUUAGUGAAAAAGUGUCAGAUUUUCAGUUUGUGCUGUGCCGUAGUAAUAGUGGGAAAUUUCUUUGCCAGGUUCGUAUAGCAACGAAUCGUGCAUUUCGGUUAAAAUGUUCAAUACACAAUUUAAACUAUCGUACAAGCUUGACGCUGAAUCUAGCAGUUUGCUUAGCAACGAAGUCCCUAUUUUGGUGCAUCUGCUGCCUCGUUUCCGAAAUCUCAAGCGUUUGGGACUUAAAGUCCUAUGCAACAAAACGUGGCAGGGAAACAUGCUACUAGAGAGUACUAAUUAUUAGAGAGAGUACCCGUAUCAUCUAGCUUCAAAUCUGCUCGCCAAAUUUAAUGCAGACUGAAUUAAGUGUACGAGCCCAAACUAGGGCCCAGUGUCUCGCGAACUACAGACACUACAAGCAACUAAGUAUGCUCAUCAGUUAGCCCUAAAUUGGCACAUUUCACUCUGCGAGCAUUGUACUUUAAAGCUGCCUUGCCCUGCUACUUCCCGGGUGCCUUUUUGUUAAAUACUUGACGGCUUUUCUUUCCUUUUCUUCUUUUCCUUCAAGGGACAGGAUAGUAAACACAUUCAUCAACACUUCAAAAGGUGCCUCAUUUCAUUCCUGACUGAGAUUGUUUUAUUUGUGAAUCAUACCUGUGCUUCUGAAAGUGUAAAGCUGUUUACUACUGCUCUCUCCCUCCUACAUCCAACCCUCCCCCUCUCCCCCUUUGGCAUUGUUGCUUUUAGAUGUCAAUGUUUUUGUGAAGAAAGGUGUGGCAUGCGAGGAUUUAUCGGUACUGAUGGUGACCGGUUAUCAAAGUAACAGGCCCUUAACUACUACGCUUGUAUAAUAAGGGCAGAUUGUGUCCUUGGUUACUGCUUUGUGUUAGUCGAGUGCUUCAGUGAGCGUAGAACAAAUUUAUGUUUAUGAGCAAGCUAUCACAUUUCUGUAACAUUAGUACCUCACUGAAUUACUUUAUUGCUCGUUCUGGCUCUGUUUUGAUGCGAAUUUUACCCUAUAACACGUGCAGCGACGAGGUGGGGUACAAAUUAUUUUUUUGCCACUCGAAUGCACACUGGCACGGUACUGCAUGGUUCCAGGUGUGCUCUUGUUGGUUUGUAGGCUUUUUUAAUUCCGUGCAGCUAUUACCAGAGAAUGGCAAUGUGGUUGCGGACGCGAAGCACUCAUGUGCCUUUUUGCAUGUUCUCUGCGUCGAUUUUGACAUCUUCUCUGGAGGAAAUGGAUGACAAAGCUAUGCAUUGCCCUUGCCCCGAGUCUUGGAAAGUGUGGACGCGUACAAACUUUCUUCCACUUGUUUGCUUGGCUCAUUCGUGUCGUCCUAUUUCUGUUUCGCACUGCAUCGACAACGCCUAUUUAGAGGCUUCGAACCUUUUUUCUCUCUUGUACAGUUUUUAGGACGAAACGGAACAUUUUGUUUUUUCAAGGAAAAUUGUGUUCUAUGCAGGGUUUUAAAAAUAUGUCCCGACUUUCUGAUGGCAUUACGUGUUUACAACGUAGUACGCGAUUAUUGCGUGGACAUGCGUGCAUGCGAGAACUUUUUUGAGAAAUGAUGUAGGAAAGCGGUCGCCACUGCAAGUUUGUGGAAUUGUGCAAUUUUGUGGUAGUACUCUGCUCGAUGUCACAUUGUUGGCGCUUGUGGAAGUGACAUUUAGAGCGGCAAUGUUGAAUGGCAACGAACAAGCUUUGCAUUUGACCCUAAAGCAAGCCGCCCAGUGCCUGCCUAGCUUUGUACAAGCACUGCCUCGAACAGGCUUCUGCAGAACGUGGGGUUUUCCUCGCGACUUUGUGGUGCACGAUGAUGACACUGGUGCCUCCGUCCCAUUUAUUCUACAGCCACGGCGGGAGGCCUUUCUUGUAAAUAAAAGUUUCAACAUUACGGGUUUUUCUA